ACUCCUCAGAACCCACAGACCUGUCAGCCAAAUGCAGAAACCAAGUGCGCAGUCUGGCGUAUGACCUCUUGGAAUUCUCUGGAACCCAAGACCUGGUUUUUCUCCAUUCCAAGCUAGUCUGUGGGCGCCGAGGCUUGGUUUCCGAACAACAACACGAGCCCCCUCUCUCUGAGCUGCCUUAGGAAGAAAGCGUGGUCCUUUCUACUCAGCAUUUCUUUUUCUUAUUCACCCAGGCCUCCUACUUGCCAGCCGCUUCCAGUUCUGGUGACUUAUUCAUUAUUCAUCUCUUCUCCUCCUUUUACUUGGGAGCAGGACUUCGCCAAGCUUAGUCUCUCAUCUUUGGUCAGGAUGAACAAUGGCAGCAGCAUCGGAGGUGAGCAGUGAAGGCCCUGAAAGAAACAAAACCGGGAAACAUCUUUAUGGAUUAUUUCACUACAACCCCAUGAUGCUUGGAGUUGAAUCCCUUCCCGACCCCAUGGACACCUGGGAGAUUAUAGAGACCAUUGGUAAAGGCACCUAUGGCAAGGUCUACAAAGUAACCAACAAGAGAGAUGGGAGUCUGGCUGCAGUGAAAAUUCUGGACCCCAUCAGUGAUAUGGAUGAAGAAAUUGAGGCAGAAUACAAUAUUCUGCAAUUUCUUCCAAAUCACCCCAACGUUGUAAAGUUUUAUGGGAUGUUUUACAGAGCGGAUCACUAUGUGGGUGGACAGCUGUGGCUGGUGCUGGAGCUGUGUAACGGGGGCUCUGUCACCGACCUUGUGAAAGGCCUCCUCAGGAGUGGCCAACGACUGGAUGAAGCAGUGAUCUCUUACAUCUUGUACGGAGCCCUGUUGGGCCUUCAGCAUUUGCACAACAACCGAAUCAUCCACCGUGAUGUGAAGGGGAACAACAUUCUUCUGACAACAGAAGGAGGAGUUAAGCUCGUUGACUUUGGAGUCUCAGCUCAACUCACCAGCACACGCCUAAGGAGAAAUACAUCAGUUGGUACCCCGUUCUGGAUGGCCCCUGAGGUCAUUGCUUGUGAGCAGCAGUAUGACUCUUCCUAUGACGCUCGCUGUGACGUCUGGUCCUUGGGGAUCACAGCUAUUGAACUGGGGGAUGGAGACCCUCCCCUCUUUGACAUGCAUCCUGUGAAAACGCUCUUCAAGAUUCCAAGAAAUCCUCCACCCACCUUACUGCAUCCAGAAAACUGGUGUGAGGAAUUCAACCACUUUAUUUCACAGUGUCUUAUUAAGGAUUUUGAAAGGCGGCCUAACGUCGCACAGCUCCUGGACCACCCGUUUAUUAAAGAAGCUCAUGGAAAGGUUCUGUUUCUACAAAAACAGCUCGCCAAGGUGCUUCAGGACCAGAAGCAUCUGAACCCUGUUGCUAAAACCAGGCAUGAAAGGAUGCAUACGGGAAGACCCUAUCAUGUGGAAAAUGCUGAGAAAUACUGCCUUGAGGACGAUUUGGUCAAUCUAGAGGUCCUGGAUGAGGAUACAAUUAUUCAUCAGUUGCAGAAACGUUAUGCAGACUUGCUGAUUUACACAUAUGUUGGAGACAUCCUAAUAGCCUUAAACCCUUUCCAGAAUCUCAGCAUAUAUUCCCCACAGUUUUCCAGGCUGUAUCAUGGGGUGAGACGCGCCUCCAAUCCCCCCCACAUAUUUGCAUCGGCAGAUGCUGCUUACCAGUGCUUGGUUACUUUCAGCAAAGACCAGUGCAUUGUUAUCAGCGGGGAAAGUGGCUCGGGGAAGACAGAAAGCGCCCACCUGAUUGUUCAGCAUCUGACUUUCUUGGGAAAGGCCGACAAUCAGACCUUGCGAGAGAAAAUUCUGCAAGUCAACUCCCUGGUGGAGGCCUUUGGGAACGCAUGCACGGCAAUCAAUGACAACUCAAGCCGUUUUGGAAAAUAUCUGGAAAUGAUGUUUACACCAACUGGAGCUGUGAUGGGGGCAAGAAUCUCUGAAUAUCUCCUUGAAAAAUCCAGAGUCAUAAAACAGGCAGUGGGAGAGAAAAAUUUUCACAUAUUUUACUACAUUUAUGCUGGUCUUUAUCACCAAGAGAAACUUUCUGAAUUCAGACUUCCUGAGGAAAAGCCUCCUAGGUACAUAGCUGAUGGAACCGGGAGAGUCAUGCAGGACAUAACCUCCAAGGAAUCUUACAGAAGACAAUUCGAAGCAAUUCAGCAUUGCUUCAGGAUUAUAGGGUUCACUGAGAAGGAAGUCCACUCCGUGUACAGAAUUCUGGCUGGGAUUCUGAACAUUGGGAACAUUGAGUUCACAGCUAUUUCUUCUCAGCACCAAACUGAUAAGAGUGAGGUGCCUAAUGCGGAAGCUUUGGAAAAUGCUGCUUUUGUUCUCUGUAUCAGCCCUGAAGAGCUGCAGGAGGCUCUCACGUCCCACUGUGUGGUCACCAGGGGUGAAACCAUUGUCCGUGCCAACACUGUGGACAGAGCUGCAGACGUCCGAGAUGCCAUGUCCAAAGCCCUGUACGGGAGGCUCUUCAGCUGGAUUGUGAAUCGCAUCAACACACUCUUGCAGCCAGACAGAAACAUAUGUAGUACAGACCAUGGGAUGAAUGUGGGGAUCUUGGAUAUUUUUGGAUUUGAGAAUUUUCAAAGAAAUUCCUUUGAGCAGCUCUGCAUAAACAUUGCCAAUGAGCAAAUCCAGUACUAUUUCAAUCAGCAUGUGUUUGCUCUUGAGCAGAUGGAAUACCAGAAUGAGGGUAUCGAUGCCAUCCCUGUGGAUUAUGAGGACAAUCGGCCACUCCUGGACAUGUUCCUCCAGAAACCCCUGGGCCUGCUUGCACUUUUGGAUGAGGAAAGUCAGUUUCCCCAAGCAACAGACCAGACGCUGGUUGAUAAGUUUGAAGAUAAUCUUCGAUGCAAAUACUUCUGGCGGCCCAAAGGAGUGGAGCUGUGCUUUGGCAUUCGGCACUACGCGGGAAAGGUAUUAUACGAUGCUUCUGGGGUUCUUGAGAAAAACAGAGACACCCUCCCUGCUGAUGUGGUUGUAGUCCUGAGAACAUCAGAAAACAAGCUUCUUCAGCAACUCUUCUCAAUCCCUUUGACCAAAACAGGCAAUUUGGCUCAGACAAAAGCCAGGAUAUCAGCAGCCUCCAGAUCUUUGCCUCCACAUUUCAGUGCUGGGAGAGCCAAGGUGGACACCCUGGAGGUGAUACGGCACCCUGAAGAAACCACGAGCAUGAAGAGGCAAACUAUGGCUUCUUACUUCCGGUAUUCUCUGAUGGACCUGCUCUCCAAAAUGGUGGUUGGACAGCCUCACUUCGUGCGUUGCAUUAAACCCAACGAUGACCGACAGGCCCUGCAGUUCUGCCGAGAGAGGGUCCUGGUCCAACUCCGCUCCACAGGCAUACUGGAAACCGUCAACAUCCGCCGGCAGGGCUAUUCCCACCGCAUCCUCUUUGAAGAGUUCGUGAAAAGGUAUUAUUACUUGGCAUUCAAAGCACAUCAAACACCGCCUGCUAGCAAAGAGAGCUGUGUUGCUAUCUUGGAAAAGUCCAGAUUAGAUCACUGGGUGCUGGGAAAGACAAAGGUUUUUCUCAAAUAUUACCAUGUUGAGCAAUUAAAUUUGCUGCUGCGAGAAGUCAUGGGCAGAGUGGUUGUGCUGCAGGCGUACACCAAGGGGUGGCUUGGAGCCAGGAGAUAUAGAAGAGUCAGAGAGAGGAGAGAGAAGGGCGCCAUCGCCAUCCAGUCAGCCUGGAGAAGAUAUGAUGCUCAGAGGAAAUUUAAGAAAAUAAGCAACAGAAGGAGUGAGUCUGCUGUUCAUAUUCAAGCAGUGCCGAAAGCCUCUACUGACCAGAGAAGCUCUCCAGAAGCUGAAGCCAACAAUGUCCAGGCUGAGAACUCAGGCACCUUUCCUGCUGUCACUGAGAAAAAUCGGCAUUUACAAGUCCAGAGUUCUCCAAGAGGGCGUGAUGUCUUCGCAGGACAUGCUUAUAAGAGCUCACUUGCCGGGACUGAUGCAUCAUCUCAGACAGGUCAUGCUGCCACAGAUGCCCAAGGACUGAGCCCCCAGGAAGCCUCUUGUAAACCUGAUUCGGAAGAUGGUCUUGCGCAGAAGCAGCGGACACCUCGCCGACGAUGUCAGCAACCCAAAAUGUUGAGUAGCCCUGAGGACACCAUGUACUAUAACCAGUUAAACGGAACUCUAGAAUAUCAAGGGAGCAAGAGGAAGCCAAGAAAACUUGGCCAAAUCAAAGUUCUGGAUGGCGAAGAUGAAUAUUACAAAUCCCUCUCCCCUGUGGCCUGUGUCCCUGAGGAAGGCAAUGCAACCCACCCUUUCUUUUUUAACUCAUCCUCAAAAGGAGAUUCUCUUGCUCAACACUGAGUUAUGCUUCCUGAUCCCAAGUCUGUCCAAGGCGAGAACACUUGCAGUAACUGACAGCCGGUCUCUGGAGAAGGCGCUAUUAUGCAGCCAGUGUCUUUGGCCUCGUGGCCUGUGUCUGAGCCUUACUAAACGACUUGCACACUGCUAAAUACCGCUCCUAUUUCUACCAGUCUCCCACAUCUGUUGUGUAGUGUGAGCUGGGCAGUCUCUCCUUUUCUCAUCUCGUGGGUCCCUGCUGCAGGAUGCUGAGAUGCGUCUGCCCCAAUAAUGACAGUCAUUCAGGCCCCAGAUAUCUAAGAAGGUAGCAAACAAUCUCAUCUUAGCCAAUCACGAGCAUGGAUAAGUUUUCUUUUGUUUCCCACUGAGUUACCUUUCAAUGCAUGCAGAAUCUCCCCAGCAGAAAUCCAGGGGUCCUUUUCCUGCUCUCCUCUCCAAUCUCUCCUGUGACUGGGCUUGCAUGUCCCGCCUCCUUCUUGGCCUGAGUGGGCACCGUCACUGAGCAUACCCGCUGCGUGGGGAGUGAGAAGUCGGGAGUGAGAAGGAAAAUUGCACCUCUGUGAGUCCAGCCACAUUAUGCUGUUAUUCCAUGCACUGGUAGCUGUUUCCUCUAGACUGUGAGUGGCUGCCAGGGACGGCUUUGCUCCGGUCUGUCUUUGUGUGCACAGAACCUAGCACAGGCCUGGCAGAGCAGGCAUCCGGUAGAGGUGGGAUGAGUAGAGAGACUUCAUCUAGUUACAGACACCUCUGACAGGACAGUGACUUCCAGUUACACGUUAUAGAUGAAUAAUUUUUUCUUAUACCAUCGAACCUGACUUUUCACUCAAGGUUGAGCUGAUCCUAUUGUAAUGAUACAUGUACUACUCAAUAUCACUCAGUACAACAAGCUUUUCUGAGCACCUACUCUAUGUAAAACAGUAUUUAAGAUUACUGUGUGGGGACUGGGGAUUUAGCUUAGCAGCAAAGCGCCUGCCUGGCAAGUGCAAGGUCAUGAGUUCGAUCCCUGGUAC